AUGCCCGGAAGAACAACAGCAAGGUCAGCAGCAAGGUCAGCGCGCCCCUCGACAGCAUCCACCAAAUCCUCGGCGCCCUCACUCAACUCUCGAGCCUCGACAGCGUCACGCAUUUCCACUGCAGUCGCCAGACUGCCAGAAGACGGCCCCUCGACACAACUACGAGUCGAAAUAUGCACAACUUUUGCCGAUUCCCAGAAGAGCACAUCCGGGCAUCGCAAGCUGGUCGUGCGACUGCGUAAAAUACAAGAAGCAUGUUGUUAUGUUCCGCAGUCAGCAUCGAAAAGGAAGAAUCCGCUCGGUGACGGUUUUGAAGAAGCCGACUUCAACGCAGAGGUCGAAAGAUGUGUGCUGAGAGUGAUGGGGGUGCGUAAGGCCGAGGUAGCAGGAGAUCGUGUUGUGAGAUUCUUGGCUCUCUUCCUCAAGACUGCCAGCGAGAAGGAUCUCGCUAUAUUUGGCCAGGAGGUCAAUGGCGAGGAUACUCAUGCAGUACCGGAGACGCCUACCUCACGGUUGACCUUCAGCCUGCUUUCACUCUUUAUUCCAAUGUUAUCUGUGAAAGAGAAGACAGUACGCUUUCGCGCAACACAAAUCAUCUCGCAUGUGGUCAACACCUUAGAUUCCAUUGAUGACGAGCUCUACCACCUGAUUCGUCAGGGGCUUACGCGACGAAUCCGAGACAAGGAGCCCACAAUUCGCAUACAAGCCGUAAUGGGCUUAGGCCGACUGGCAGGGAAUGAGGCUCAGGACGAACCUGAAAGCGAUCACAGUGAGGAUCUAGACUCUACUGGACUUCUAGAAAAGCUGCUGGAUGUGUUGCAGCACGACACAAGCGCUGAGGUACGGAGGUCACUGCUGCUCAACCUGCCGCUCACACCAUCCACGCUGCCCUGUCUGCUGGAGAGAGCCAGAGAUCUCGAUGGUGCGACGAGGAGAGCUUUGUAUGCGCGACUGCUCCCUACAUUAGGCGAUUUCCGGCACCUAUCCCUUUCGAUGCGCGAGAAACUGCUCCGAUGGGGUCUUCGCGAUCGUGAUGAGAAUGUCAGAAAAGCUGCUGGCCACCUGUUCUACGAACGAUGGAUCGAGGAUUGCGCAGGGAACGGCAGCGAGGUGUCAGAAGGUGGUCCCGUAAAAGAAGCAUCAUCCCCCAGUAUGCCAGGCCUGCUUGAAUUGCUGGAAAGAAUUGAUAUAGUCAAUUCUGGCAUCGAGACAGGCAUUGCGCUCGAGGCAAUGAAAGAGUUCUGGCAUGGUCGGCCUGAUUAUAUCGAUGCGGUGAACUUCGAUGAUGCUUUUUGGAGCGCGCUGACGCCGGAAUCUGUUUUCAUGGCCAGAAGCUUCAAUGAUUUCUGUCAGCAGAACCAACAAUACCAGAUCUUAUGUGAAGAAAAGAUGCCGGAGGUCACUCGUCUGGGCUUCUAUCUGCAGAAAUACUUGAAUACUCUACUCGAAAACAUUACUAGCGCUGCAGAGUUUGGCGGUGGAGAAGAUGAGGCUGUUGAACAGGAAUUCAUUGUUGAACAACUGCUGCACAUUGCCUUGACUUUGGACUACAGUGACGAAGUGGGUAGACGGAAGAUGUUCUCUCUGUUGCGAGAAAGCCUUGCCAUGGCCAGCCUCCCAGAAGAAGUUACGAGGCUGGUAGUCGAGGUUAUCCGAUUGGUAUGCGGUUGCGACGCAGCAGGAGAACGCGAAUUCUGCAUCGUAGUUCUCGAAGCAAUUGCCGAAGUACAUGAUAAUAUCGCGCCCGAGCCCGUUGUUGACGGAGAAGAAGACAGCUUCGUUUCUGCUCGAAGCGAAGUCAGUGGUGAGAGCACAUCCACAAACCUUCAAGCAAGGCGUCCGCCUGCAGCCGAUGGCCCUUCACCCGAAGAAGACGAGCAAAAGGUCAUCAAAGAGAUCAUGAUCAACAUGAAGUGCCUCCACAUCACACAAUGCAUGCUUCAAAACGUCGACGGCAAUCUCCAACAAAACAUGCACCUGGUCACCAUGCUCAACAACCUCAUCGUGCCAGCAGUCCGAAGCCACGAAGCACCGAUCCGAGAACGAGGCCUCCUCUGCCUAGGCCUAUGCUGCCUCCUCGACCGCUCCCUCGCCGAGGAAAACAUCACGCUGUUCAUCCAUUGUUUCUCCAAAGGCCACGAGAAUCUUCAGAUCACUUCCCUCCAGAUCCUCUGCGACAUCAUCACCACGCACCCCGAUCUUCUCAGCAACGCCAGCGAAGAACCCUCCCCAUCAACCACCGAUCCAACCUCCAUCCCACUCUACCAGAAACCCCUUCUCAAAUGCCUCACCCGCGCCCUUUCUCCCAAAUACACCCCCCUCCCCACCAUCCAAUCCACAGCGGCCACUUCCCUAUCCAAACUCCUCCUAACCUCGCGCCUCCACCUCCCCGAACCCUCAAUCGACACCCUCCUCCAGCAGCUGACAGUUUCAUUCUUCGACCCCCGCACCAGCGACAACCCGAGCCUGCGGCAAGCCCUGGCCUACUUCCUCCCCGUCUACGUUCAUUCGCGACUCGAAAACUGCGAGAGGAUGGGUAGAGUCGCCGUCAGGGCGGUCGGGGAGAUUCUGCGGGGGUCCAAACUCCUCAUCUCCCAUGUCAUCGCAGCUGUCUCGCUGAAGAUUCCGGUGCACAUAUGCUGGGUAUCAUGUGUGUCCGUAGGACUGUGUUUAUGA